AUGAGCAAACCUCAGAUGAAGCCAGAAAUGACCCCUAAACCCGAAAUUAACUCACAUUUAUACGAUUUAUCAGUAAUAAAGUCAGAAUUAGAUGAAAUACUCAUAGAAUACUUAAAAGAAUCAGAAAAUUACAAAGAAUCCACUUUAUUAGUAAAUAUAAAAUUACUUAUCGGUAUAUGUGUAACAAGUCUUGCUAUAAUUAUAUUUUUAUUAACCCAUAAAAAUAUUUUUAAUAUCCAGGACCCUUUAAUUAUCGCACUAAUAAUAAUGUUCUGGGUGCUCACUUAUUCUGAGACAUUUAUCAUAAAGUUUUGUUAUUUUUAUACUUUUAGUGGGUGUAAAAAUCGCACAAAAUUAAAUGUGCUAACCACCAUAAGUAAUACACACCCUGUAUAUACUGUACUAUUAUAUACGGGAGAGAAGAAAAUUCCAAUUAAAGUAUCCACGGAUAUAAGAAUAUUAUACAAGGACAACUUAUUAGACGUACGUAAAUUCACAGGAAUAAUAAAGGACUGUUUAAUAAGCAAUAAAUAGUACACAUAGUGUAAUAAGUAAUACAUAGUAGUAUAUGUGUAAUAAGUAAUACAAUAAAAAUAGAAGAAGAAAUAGUAGUAUAUGUGUGAUAAGUAAUGCAUAGCAGUAUAUAGUAGUAUAUGUGUAAUAAAUAGUAGUAUAAGAG